UAAAGUGUUUAGGAAUCCAUUCUCUUACAAACCAAACGCGCCCUUCCUUGAACCACAGUUAAUCCAACGCGCGCACUAUUCUUCUUCUUCUCUCAUUUCACUCCAUCACUGUUGUGGAUUCAAAAUAUCUGAGGGCUUCUGUUUCAUUAUACAUCCAUGAAUCCAUUGACAUUGGUGAAGCGUAUUCAGAAUAUAAACAAAAAGGAGGCAGCCCUAGGAAUAUCAGAAGAUGCUUCGUGGCAUGCUAAGUAUAGAGACUCUGCUUAUGUUUAUGUUGGUGGCAUCCCUUUUGACUUGACUGAAGGUGAUCUCCUUGCCGUCUUUGCGCAGUAUGGAGAGAUUGUGGAUGUUAAUCUAAUCCGAGACAAAGGUACUGGAAAGUCGAAAGGUUUUGCUUUUGUUGCGUAUGAGGAUCAAAGGAGCACAAAUCUUGCUGUUGACAAUUUAAAUGGAGCUCAAAUUUUGGGCCGGACUAUUAGGGUUGAUCACGUGACCAAAUACAAAAAGAUGGAGGAAGAGGAUGAGGAGACUAGGCAGCAGAAGAGGGAGGAACGAGGUGUCUGUCGAGCUUUUCAGAAAGGAGAAUGCAACCGCGGAGAUAGCUGCAAAUUUUCUCAUGAUGAACAAAGAGCUGCUAAUACAGGAUGGGGUGCAGAAGAAGAUAAACCUUCAAGGUGGGUGCAGGACAAGUUUAAAAAUCCAGAAAUGGAUAGAAGGUCUGGACGACCUAGCCAUAGAGGUAAUGACGACUAUCAACGUCCACGGGGGAAUGGCAAUAAUGAAAGAGCUGAGUUGAAUGCAAAAGAUGAUGAGAGAAGAGGGGUUAAAACACAGUUGGAGCAUAAGGAUGCACGCGAUGGCUCAAGUACUGAUAAAAGGUCGAGAUCCAGCUUCAAUGAGCCAAACUCCAACGUAGAACGUGAUUGGAGAAAUGAGAAUAGAUCAAGAAAAUAUGAGUCUGAAUCCCAUCACCGUGAAGACACAUAUACUAGAGAAAAGGAAGCUAGGUCAGGUCGUGAUAGAGAUAUAUCUAGUAGUCGAGAAAAGGAAGGGAGGUCAGGCCGUGAUAGAGAUACGUAUAGUAGAGAAAAGGAAGGGAGGUCAGGCCGAGACAGGGAAAAGGAUGGUAGGUCAGGCCGAGAUAGAGAUACUCAUUCAGACCAUCAUAGGAGAGAAAAAGAUGAAAGAGGUAGAUGACAUUGUUGACGAAUAUCCAUGGUUACUUUUUUUAUUGAUGUCAUGUACGAGUGGAGGAGUCGACAAUAGCGCCUUUCCCCCUGAGAAGUAUGUACCUGAAAGUAAAAACGCAGACUGUUACGGUUUGCAGGCAGACCAAUAUUUACCUUUUAUUCUGGUGUAGUUUGCAGACAAGCAUUGUGUUGCCUUUACUCUAUUAGGGAGGGAUAUGUUUGAGAAAAUAUGCAGAUUUCUACUUUCGAGUUCUGCUGCAUGUAUUGAUGAUUGCAAGAACAUAAUUUUGAGGUUUGUAUUCCUAAUGGAGCAGAAACACUAACCUUCACAGUUGAAUGUUGAUGCUUUUGCAGUGUAAUUGUUUUA